GUCUUAAAUACUCUUAAUGCUUCUUACUGCUGACCAGUUCCAUAAUGUCGGCAAAAUCCAUUAGAGAGUUUGAUGGUAAGGCCGUUUUGGCUUAUUGGUUGAACAAGUCUCCUAGCAUUUCGAAGGAAGAAUACAAGACUCCUUCUACUAAUCCCGAUACUCGCCUUGCUCAUAUUCAAUUUCCAGUUCCUAAUGAUGAAAUUCCUGCGAAUUCGUCUACCUAUAAGCAAGUUGUUGAUAAUGUCUUUGCCGAAGUGACUCGUCAACAUCCCUGGGUCCUUGAAACGAAACUUGUUGCAAAGCCAGACCAAUUAAUUAAACGUCGUGGUAAAACUGGACUUUUGAAAUUGAAUGCUACUUGGGAUGAGGCCAAAGAAUGGAUUCGUGAACGUGCUGGCCAACCCCAACAAGUCCAACAUGCUGUUGGACUCUUAAGUACCUUUUUGGUAGAACCUUUCGUCCCUCAUCCACCUGAAACAGAAUAUUACAUAAACAUUAAUUCUGUGCGUGAAGGAGAUUGGAUAUUGUUUUGCAAUGAAGGUGGUGUCGAUGUUGGUGAUGUGGAUGCAAAGGCUAAAAAGCUUUUGAUUCCUGUACUUCUCGAGAAUUUUCCUUCUCGUAGUGAAAUUGCUACUUCUCUUCUUUCAAAUGUUCCCCAGGAACAACAUGCUUCCCUUGUUGAUUUCAUUAUCCGUCUAUACUCAGUUUAUGUUGACUGUCAAUUUACAUACUUGGAGAUCAAUCCUUUGGUUGUUAUUCCUACUGGUUCCGGUACCGAUGUUUACUAUUUAGAUCUUGCUGCCAAGCUUGACCAAACUGCCGAGUUUGAAUGCGGUGCUAAGUGGGCAGUUGCUCGCACAGCUGAAGCAUUAGGCAUCAAAACUGAAAAGGAAGAUUCUGAACCGAUUACAGCUGAUUAUGGUCCUCCCAUGGCUUUUCCUGCUCCAUUUGGUCGUGACUUGAGCAAAGAAGAAGCUCAUGUUCAAGAGCUUGAUGCCAAGACAGGUGCUUCCCUCAAGUUGACCAUAAUGAACCCCAAUGGUCGUGUUUGGAACCUUGUUGCUGGAGGUGGUGCCUCAGUGGUAUAUGCUGAUGCAGUUGCUGUGAACGGUGCUGCAGAUGAAUUAGCUAACUACGGUGAAUACAGUGGAGCUCCUACGGAUGGACAAACAUAUGAGUAUGCCAAGACAGUCUUGGACUUGAUGACUCGUGGCAAACCUCAUCCCGAGGGCAAAGUCCUUUUCAUUGGUGGUGGUAUUGCUAACUUCACUUCGCCUGCUGUAACAUUCCGUGCAAUUUCUCGAGCUUUAGGCGAAUUCAAAGACAAGUUGCAUGAACAUAAAGUCUCUAUAUGGGUUCGUCGUGCUGGCCCCAAUUAUCAGGAAGGUCUCCGUGUAAUUCGUGAGGCCGGCCAAAAGCACAACCUUAACUUGAAAGUGUAUGGACCAGAAUGCCACAUUAGUGGUAUUGUCCCUAUGGGAUUGGGCAAGGUACCUGUGGAGCCAGAAUGGCAGAUGGCCUAAAAACCUUGAAACGUAUGAUUUCGCAAUGUAUGGCUAGUAUGAGACUGUUUGUUCAAAUUUUCUAUGUAUGUUUUUGGUAUAAAAUCUGUUUCCUCUUAAGUAAUUGAUGCUAAAUUAGAAAGGAUAUAGUAGAUAUUUUCUAAAUGUUGUAAAAUAAAUAAGAAAUUGAG